AUGCACUCUGGAAAGCGCAGGUGCUCACUGCUAUACGCGGUGCACGGAUGGAAGGCCAUAUCACCGGCAAGACUAGUGCUCCCGUUGCUUGAGGUCGAUGAGAAGGAGGCCAACGACAAAAACGCCAAGGUGCCAAAUCCGACAUAUGUGGAGUGCUACGCUCAAGACCAACAAGUCCCUGGGCUGAUCUUCACAUCGGUGGGGAAAGAAGUCCUCGCCCAGAUCUCAGCCGCAACAACAGCUGCUCAAGCAUGGCAGGAAGUGCAGGGCAUGUUCACGGCCCAAACUUGGGCAAGGACAAUGAACGUGCGCCUUGCAAUGAGUACUACAAAGAAAGGUAACCUGUCAAUCACUGAUUACUUCACCAAGAUGAAGGGAUAUACAGAUGAGAUGGCGGCAGCCAGAAGGCCGCUUGAUGAUGAAGAAAUCACCUCCCACAUCUGCAACAACCUCGACUCCGAGUUCAAUCCAGUGGUGUUAGCCCUUGUCACAAGGGUUGAGCCAAUCAUAGUGGUCGAGCUCUACUCGCAGCUCCUCAUGUUCGAGACAAGGCUCAAGCUUCUGGACGGCUCGAGCGGCUCAGGCUCUUCCGCCAACUUCACCAACAAAAGAGGCCGCAGCUCGUCAGGAGGUCAUGGACCGAACUGCGGACGUGGCCCUGGUCACGGACGCGGCAACCAGGGUCAGCAGCAUCGCCCUAGUUACAACACCAACCAGCAGCGCUCGUCGGGGAACUCCACCGACACCCGCCCCCUCUGCCAGGUGUGCUUCAAGAAGGGGCAUCUCGCCUCUGAAUGUUGGCAUCGCUACGAUGAAACCUACGUCCCCGAUGAGAGAUUGGUCGCUGCAGACAUGGGCACCUACAGUGUAGAUACCAACUGGUAUACUGACACUGGGGCGACGGAUCACGUUACAAGAAAUCUUAAGCAACUCUCCAUCAAAGACAAGUACAAGGGCAAUGACCACACCCACACGGCGAGUGGUUCAAGUAUAGAGAUCAAACACAUUGGCCAUACUAUUGUUCCAACCCCCUCUAGAAAUUUACAUCUAAAGAAUGUUCCUCAUGUUCUACAAACCGCCAAAAAUCUUGUCUCUGUUCAUCAUCUUGCUAAAGAUAAAUCAACUUUCCUUGAGUUUCAUUCUGAUUAUUUUCUUGUUAAGGAUCAGGCAACGAAGACCACGAUCCUUAGGGGAUAUGACACAAAGGACUCUACCCACUUCCUUCAGCUCCUUCAAUAA